UUUUUCCAGUUGGUGUCGUUGUUGAAGGAACAGAAGCGUACAGGAUGGAUCAACAUGGGGAUUCCUGAUCCGGAAACCAUUUCAGAUCACAUGUAUCGAAUGUCGAUAAUGACUCUAGUGUUGGACCCAAAGGCAUGGCCAGGUCAGGCUCCCGAUCUAAACAAAUGUUCAAGAAUUGCAUUGGUCCAUGAUAUUGCAGAGAGUUUGGUGGGUGAUAUAGUUCCACAUGACGAAAAGAUAGAUAAAGCCGAAAAGAGUAAACGUGAAUACAAAGCAAUGUUGUACCUCUGUGACAUCGUUUCCAAAUACUGUCCUGAAUCUGCAGAUGAGAUGAGAGAGCUAUGGAUCGACUAUGAAACACAGAGAAAUCUUGAGGCCACUAUUGUCAAGGACAUCGAUAAGCUAGAACUGUUGGUGCAAGCGUUCGAGUACGAAAGAAUGCACUCGAGAAGAAUGGACGAAUUCUAUGCAUGCAGGAAGGUGAUCAAGAAUAGCGAGAUCCAGCAACUUGCCGAUGAGUUGAUUGAGCAAAGAGAUCAG